AUGGUUAGCUUCUUUUUCUUCAUAAUUAUAAGUGAAGUGUUCAGGAGGGCCAUAUUGCAACCUGGCCCACCAGAAAGUUUUGCUCUACAGACAGUUCAACAAGUUAUAAAACCUCAGAAACAGACAAAGUUAGUCCAAGAUGAGAAUCAAUUGUUAGAAAAUAUCCUCCGGACAUUGCUUCAGGAACUGGUGUCUUCUGCAGUACAGUCUGGGGAGCAGAUAAUGCAGUAUGGUCAAUCAAUUGAUGAUGGAGAAACUACCCAAGGACAUAUUCCACGUCUUCUUGAUAUUGUGUUGUAUCUUUGUGAGAACGAACACAUUGAAGGCGGCAUGAUAUUUCAGCUGUUGGAAGACUUAACAGAAAUGUCUACUAUGAGAAACUGCAAAGACGUUUUUGGUUAUAUAGAGAGUAAACAAGAUAUAUUAGGAAAGCCAGAGCUUUUUGCUCGAGGAAAACUUGUGAUGUUGAGAACAUGCAAUCAACUUCUUCGUCGCCUGUCAAAGGCAAAUGAUGUGGUAUUUUGUGGACGAAUUCUAAUGUUUUUGGCUCAUUUUUUCCCAUUAUCUGAGCGUUCAGCUGUGAAUAUAAAAGGAGUUUUUAACACAUCAAACGAGACAAAAUAUGAGAAAGACCCCCCUGAUGGAAUUUCCAUCGAUUUCAACUUCUACAAGACAUUUUGGAGUUUACAGGAACACUUUUGUAACCCUCCUUCCUUAACUCUUGCUCCUACCAAGUGGAAGAAAUUUACAUCCGGUUUAAUGGUUGUCCUGAAUACAUUUGAAGCUCAACCAUUAAGUGAUGAAGAGGGAGAUGCCAAUAGUUUGGAGGAGGAGGCGGCAAAUUUCAGCAUAAAAUAUCUUACGAGCAGUAAACUAAUGGGUUUGGAGUUGAAGGAUCCGAGUUUCCGACGUCAUAUUCUUGUGCAGUGCCUCAUAUUGUUUGAUUAUCUGAAGGCCCCUGGAAAGAGUGAAAAAGAUUUGCCUUCUGAUAGCAUGAAAGAGGAAAUAAAAUCUUGUGAGGAGCGUGUGAAAAAGCUGCUUGAAAUGACUCCACCCAAGGGGGAGAAUUUUCUUCAUAAAAUUGAGCAUAUAUUAGAACGUGAAAAGAAUUGGGUAUGGUGGAAACGUGAUGGUUGUCCACCAUUUGAGAAGCAGCCAGCAGAGAAGAAAGCGGUCCAAGAAGGAGCCAAAAAGCGUAGGCCGAGAUGGAGAAUGGGAAAUAAAGAGCUCUCUCAGUUGUGGAAGUGGGCAGAUCAAAAUCCGAAUGCUUUAACUGAUCCUCAACGUGUUCGAACACCUGCCAUCACUGAUUACUGGAAGCCCCUGGCUGACGAUAUGGAUCCAGCAGCUGGAAUAGAAGCUGAAUAUCACCACAAAAAUAACCGAGUUUAUUGCUGGAAAGGUCUUCGAUUUUCAGCUAGACAAGACUUGGAAGGGUUUUCUAGAUUUACUGAAUUUGGUAUUGAAGGAGUAGUGCCUCUGGAACUUUUGACACCUGAAGAGCGAUCUAAAUACCAAGCUAAACCAAAUGACAAGUCUAAACGUGCUAAAAAGGAAGAAACAAAGGGUGCUGCACAUCAAGUAGAAGAAAAUCAGAUUGCAACAGCUGCAAAUGAGAUAGAUGGUGAAGGAAUCAGAGCUGUGCUUGAAGCCUCGGUGACACCAACGGACACUGAUGCCACUGUUGCAACUGGUGACAUGUCCCAAGGUGGUAGUCCAAUCCCCGAUGAACAUCAGAAGCAAAUCUCUGAUACGGAUGUAGGUCAAGAGGCAGGCCAGAUGGAAGCAGAUGCUGAAGUCGAGGCUGGGAUGAUUGACGGUGGAAUGGACACGGAGGUUGAUUUAGAUCCAGUUGGCUAA